AUGGGCGUCUGCGCGUCCUGUCUCGGCCGAGGCCGCCAGGAGUCCUACGAUGAGGACGACGAAGGCCGCCUUCUCCUCGACGACCCGAACAACUUUCAAUACGGCAGCUUUGGGGACCAGAACGUCAAUGCACAGGCUGACCCUCUUGAGUCGCAACGCGAGACCGAAGCAUUGCAGAAAGUGGUAGCGAGGACAUCCAACAACUUGGUUGAUAUCUUCGAAAUCACACCGCAGGAACAGCAGCAGGCCCACCCGGCCGUGUUAUCUGGCCAGGAUGCUCGCUCUUCUCGAUAUCAGACCAUUCUCUCAAAGCUUUCGGCGGAUGACGAUCUCUCGACCGCCACUCUACAGGGCCACGUGGACUGGUUGAGCGACGAUGACACAGUGGAAAUGCAAGGCAAGGCGCCUAGCGUCAAGGAAGGUGCAGGGGAGCCUCUUGUGGGCACUUUCGCCGAUGCUGCGGCGUGA